AUGGUCCCCAAAAAGAACACACUUCACCUCCACUGUACGCAUACCUACUGCCGCACUUGUCUUUUAGACUUGUUCACCAGCUCCAUCUCAACCCCAACUCUGUUCCCACCGAGAUGUUGCAAGCAGACAAUCCCGCUCGAGACUUGCCGCGUCAUGUUACCUAAGGAGCUUGUCAAGGAUUUCGAUCUCAAAGUCGAUGAGCUAGCCACCCCCAACCCUACCUAUUGCGCCAACGCCGACUGCUCCAAGUUCAUUCGGCCUAAAGACAUUACAGGCGACAUCGCCACCUGCGUAUUCUGUAAGGGCAAAACCUGCGCACAGUGCAAGAACAAGGGCCACGACGGACUUUGUCCUAGCGAUCCUCAUGUGCAGCUUCUGAUGGACGCUGCAAAGCGCAGCAAGUGGCAGCAGUGCACGAAGUGUAGUAACAUGGUCGAGCUAGCCCAGGGCUGCUUCCAUAUGACGUGUCGAUGCACGCACCAGUUCUGCUACCUCUGCGGUGUGAAGUGGAAGCGUUGCUCCUGUCCUCAGUGGGAUGAAGGCUAUCUGACUCACGAACCACCGCUCGGUCUUCCCGGCCCUGCUGCAGCAGCGGGGCACGAUCUGCACGAACAUCACUGGCGACGACGAAAUGGUGGUGUCUGUGGGGGAUGCGGUGCAACUUAUCUCCCUUGGGUCCUGCGUUGCACCGGCUGCAACAUGCUGAGGUGCUUGCAGUGUGUCGACAACGACAUCUGA